UCAAACAAAGAAUUAGCUAACAAGCUUUGCUCGAGAAAAAAAAAAUGGAGGAUUUGGAGAAAAAGUUAUACGACGCUGCGGUGGAAGGCAGAGCGGCGUCGCUCCAAGAACUGCUCAGACAAGAUCCAAUCAUCCUCGAACGAGCUAUGGUGAAUCAAUUCUCGGAGACUCCUCUGCACGUGGCAGCAAUGUUAGGCCACUCGGAUUUUGUGAGGGAGAUCGUUAGGAUCAAUCCGCAGCUGACAAAUGAGUUGAAUUCAAUGCGAUCGACUCCUCUUCAUCUGGCUUCGGCUAAAGGUCAUGUGGAGGUAGUGAGGAUUUUGAUUUUUGUCGAUCCUCAGACAUGUCUGGCUCGAGACAGAAACCAGAUGACAGCCCUGCAUCUAGCAGCACUCAAAGGUAGGAUUGAAGUCGUGAAAGUUUUGCUCGGGGAAAAGCCCGAUGCAGCGCAGCUUUCAGUGCAUAAAGGUGAGAAUAUCUUACAUAUGUGUGUCAAACACCAUCAGCUCGAGGCUCUGAAGCUCCUGCUCGACAAAGUCUCCGAUCAAGAUUUAGUUAAUGCUAAAGACUCCGACGGCAACACUCUCCUGCAUUUAGCUGUUGCGCAUAAGCAGGUCGAGACUAUCGAGUUCUUGCUUUCAGAACCUGCCCUCGAUGUGAAUGCAAAGAAUCUAAACCGAAUGACGGCUUUAGAUAUUCUAAUCCAAAGCAGAAGUGAUCUAAGGGAUGCAGAGAUUCUAGAAUCUCUUAGACAAGCUAAUGUGGAUGGAAUACAAGACCGUAAUAAAGGAUCACCAUUUCAUCAAGACUCGGCAAGUCAAGCUCCAUCUUUUCUUGUCAAUCCUAAUUCAGCACUCCCAAAUAAUCUCAAGAACAAGGGGAAGCAUCGAGAAGAUUGGCUAGAGGAAAUGCGCAGCGCAUUGAUGAUUGUAGCUUCACUAAUUGCAUCCGUGGCUUUCCAAGCCGGAGUUAAUCCUCCCGGUGGCCUUUGGCAAGACGACAGCAAACCAGGCGAUCAACCUGUUUAUAAGGCAGGCUUCUCAAUAUUUGCGCGGAAUUACCCGGGAGAUUAUGUACUAUUUUACAUCUACAACACAAUAAGCUUCAUCUCAUCUCUCAGCAUCAUACUUCUUCUGAUCAGUGGUUUGCCAGUGACGCGCAAGCUUUUCAUGUGGAUACUAAUGGUGGUCACUUGGGUUGCGAUUACAGCUACUGCGCUGACUUAUUCCUUGAUUAUAUCAGCAGUGACGCCCGUCGAACGAGGCAAGAAUAUGGAGGAUAUCAUCGGAUGGACAAUAGUUGCGUGGAUUGGUUUGAUGGCAGUCCUACUCAUAGUCCACACGAUACGCCUGAUCGUGAAGAUAGAAAAAAAGUUGAGAAAAAGAUGGUAUGGGAGGAGAAAGAUGGUCUCCGCUACAACCGUUGGCUGUGUUUAGAGAUUUGUGAAGUUUGUGUGAAGCCAUGACGAGUGAAUUGAGCUCGAGUGGCUUCAUGUGAUAUAUAGAAAUAUGUGUGUGUGAUCGUGUUGAUGAUUCAUCU